GAAUACCAGACGUACAUUAAGGCAAUAAUUUCUACUGUUUCAUUAUUGUUGGGAAAAUUUAAUUUUAAUGAAUAUGAACGCACUAAUACUUUUCUCGGGCCAAUAUUCUUUUUUGGUUUCAAUGUUGUAGUAACUUGGAUCAUAACGAACAUGUUCAUAUCCAUUUUAAAUGAUGCUUUUAGCAUGGUUCGUGCAAAUCCUGAGGGCCGAAAUAAUGAUUAUGAGAUUGUUGAUUAUAUAUUGGAACACUUUAAAGGUUGGUUUAAACAUAGACGGAAAAAGCCACAGACAUUAACUCAAAAAAAGUCAAAAAUAAAGCUUCAUCCUAAAGCUAAUAUCAUAAAGGUUGCAGAAUUUGAUGAAAAGCGGUUAAGAAAGCACGAUGCUGAGUGUCUAACAGAAUGUAGUGAAGAAUAUUCACGAGUUACUUUCGAAAAAACAUUUAACAUCAUGGGAAAUAAAGAGUUAUAUGCUGUUGAUUCAACGAACACAUUAAUGGAAGAUUUAUUUAAUAGAUUUGAUUACAUAUUAAAUGAGAGCAAACUCGAUAAUGAAAUUAGUGAAACAAUUGAUCAAAUAUUUGAUAAAGAUUUAUUUAAAAAGUUUAUCGAUUGUAUGAAGAUUGCACAUUACAAUAAAGUCAGAAAGACCAAACUUAAAAGAUAGAAAGAUGUUAUUAAAAUGGACAUAAAGGAAGAAAUAUACCGAUAAUUGAUUAUUUUUUAA